CUCGUUCGGAACGGACGUGUGCGCGCUUCAAUAAGUAAAAAGUAAAGAAGUGAAAAAGUGUGUGACAAAGUGCAAAUAAGCCACAACGCGCAUGUGAGAAAUCAAAUCAAAUUUAAUUGAGAAGCAGAAGCGUCCAAAAUCAUUGUAUACAUAUCGGGCAUACCGAGCGUGUGCCAGUGUUGGUGUUGGUGUGGUUUUCCCUCAAUCGCAGUGGAAAAUAUGCAAACUGAAUGAAAAACUCGAGAGCAGUCAGCCAGCGUCGAAUUGGAAAAGAGUAACUCGCAUUGGGGGCACGCAGAGGUGUCUCGAACUCGAAAAAGACUGAACAAAGCGGCAGCAGGAUACACGGAUUUCCCAAGCAGGGCGACCAGCGGGAAAAGCUCCGGGGAAAAGAAAAGCGGCCAGCAAUCGUUACACUGUUUCGCGCGGCGGGGAAUGGUAUAUUUCUUGGGGGAUUGGGGCAUGGGAGAUUCUGACUUGUCGUCAUAUCAGCAACAUGUUCCAAAUAUACAGCAGCCGCAACGCAUCCAUGGACAUGAUCUACUCUUGCAACAGCAACAGCAGCAGCAGCAGCUCCCGCAACAGCAGCAGCAGCAACGCCAGCAGCAGCAACAACAGCAGCAGCAGCAGCAACAACUCGUGGCCCAAAUCUCCAGUAGCCUAAGCCAGCUGCAGCCGCAGUUGCAGUUGCAGUUUGCCAGUGGAUCCAGCUUCCUGCAACAGGGCUCGAAUCCCUCGCCAUCCAACCAGCAGCAACAUGUUGGCCCUGUCAGCAGCAGCAGCCUCGUAACUGCCAAUCUCCAGCAGCUGUCGGUGAGCAGCAGCAACUCCAGCAGCAGCAGUAGCAACAACAACGCCACCAGUGGCUGCAACACUCCCACCAAGCCGCAACCGCAGCAGCAACAACUGCUGCUCCCAGAAGCAGCUGCUCCGGCUGCCAAGUCCUUGAAGAACCCGCAGCUGAGCAAGGAUCUCCUGGACAAUGAGGAUGAGGUGGCAUUGCACCCGCUCUCCAACCAGGUCGGAGGACACACUCGCCUGCUGCUGCUCAACCAGUCGACGGUGAUCAAGCCGCUGAACCUGCGCGAAUUGGACUUCUACCAGAACAUUCCGCAGGACAUACUGAAGUUUGUGCCCAAGUACAAAGGCGUCAUGCAGGCCACCACCAUGGGCGGAGUGAAGCUGGACAAGCGCUACUCGCCCAGUUUCCGGGAUGAGGCCGCCGCCGUUCCCGUCCGCAAGAUGAGCGCCUCCAAGAGGAAGCGGGACGAGGUGCUGAGAAUGAAGGUGCACAAGAAUGGACAGGCAGCUGAGGUGAUCAAAAGCAUCUCCCAACUGGACAACACCAAUAAGCAAUACUUCCUUAUGCUCGAGAACAUCACCUCGCAGUUCCGGAACCCCUGCAUCCUGGACCUGAAGAUGGGCACUCGUCAGCAUGGCGACGAUGCCUCGGCGGAGAAGCGCUCCAAGCAGAUGGCCAAGUGCGCGGCCAGCACCUCGGGAUCGCUGGGUGUUCGCCUGUGUGGCAUGCAGACCUACCUGGCCGAUCUGGAGCAGUAUGCCAAGCGGGACAAGUACUGGGGUCGUGAGCUGAACGAGGGCGGUUUCAAGACGGCUCUGCACGACUUCUUCCACAACGGCUACCGCCUGCGAAUUCGCGUCAUCCGCAAGAUUCUGCAGCGCCUGCUGCAGUUGCGCCGGGUGAUUGAGAAGCAGUCGAGCUAUAGAUUCUACUCCUGCUCACUGCUCAUUGUGUACGAGGGCUUCGAGGAGAAUCCGAUGGCCUACCCGCCCUCCAUGGGCGUGGACGCGUGGCCGGAGGCACCCAGGUCGGCCACCGUGCCCGGCACCGUCUUCGACUACCAUCCGGAGAACAGCAUAGACGAGGACGAUCUGGAGGACGAGGACGAGGCGGGACACGAGGCUGGCGACGAGCUGGAGGGGCACGACACCGACGAGGAUCUGCAUCUGGUGGCGGCCGACAGCGGCAACGCCUCGGCCACCAACAGCAGCACAGGAGGCGAUGCCUGCAACUACGAUGCGGAUGCCUCCAACGAUUCCAGCUCAUUGCUCAACCUGGCCACCAGGCGUCACCUGCACAAGCGUGGAUUUGCCGAGGCAGCGGCGCGGGGCGUCAAGCAGACGGCUGCCAACAACACCACCACCGACGAGGAGGAGGAGGAAGAGCAUCCGGCUGCCAUGCCGCCGCCAAGGAGUUGCGGUGUCAUGGCCGCCAAGGCGGCAGCGGCUGCGGCUGCAGCUGGCCUGGCCGGCAAGGGCCAGGGCGCAUUCAUUCCAAUCUCUGAAGAGACAGUAUUCCUGGACCCCGAGCCAGCGCUCCCCAGCGUGACGACCUCAUCGCCACAUUCCGGUGACUCGUGGAUGAACUACAGCAGCAACAGCAGUGAUGACUUUUCCGGAUUGUCGGAGCAAAUCAAGGCUGUGGCCAGCGGGCGGCAGACAUGCAACAACAGCAGUGAUGACGCCAGUUCAGAUUACGAGAGCAGCAUCAUUGGACCCACAGAGGCCAUGUUCAAGCGCUACAAGUCGCAGCAAUCUUUUGACGCCGCCGCAGCUGCCGAAUCCGCUUCCUCCCCGCCCCUCACUGCCGGCAACUCGAGCAUCUCAAACGGAGGCACCACAGUGCGCUCGCUGGUAUCGCCCGCCUCAUCCAGCGCCUCCUCCCUCAAGUCCGUAAAGGGUGCGGUGAAGAGGCUGCGCUGCAAUGACGACGACCAGCAGUCGGCGGCCCUCGGGGAGUGUGACUCCAGGGAGGCCAAGAAGUCCGUGUCGGCCGUAUCCUCGCCAGCCAAGACCGCUCCGCAGCUGCGCAGCUGCGAGAGCAUCUCCACCAGCAUCUCCAACCCGAACUCCCUGCUGGCGGGCCUGCUCCUGGACAACAACAAUGAGCAGCGUCGCAAUGCGGCCCUGCAGCACAGCUCCAAGUCCCUGGACAUGUCGGCCCCGCCCACGGAUGACAACCAGUGCUUCGUGGACGUCCGCCUCAUUGACUUUGCCCACACGGCAUUUGUGCCGCGCAACGGCAGCAUGCUUCCCACUCCGGCGGCAGCUCCGGUGCACCAUGGACCCGAUGGGGGCUUCCUCACCGGCCUGGACAGCCUCAACCGCCUGCUCAACGAGAUCCUGGCCGAGGAGCGCAUCUAAGAGCAAGAAACAAAAGGAAUAUGAAUAUGAGAAUAUGAAUAUGGGGAACUGGGGGGAACACAAGUUAAGAGUACAAUUUGAUUUCAGCAUACCUAAAUUGUUGUAGCAACAUGCGUUAAAUUAUGAAACAAAAUCAACUAAUCUUUAGAAAUUCGAAAUGUGAUUCAAGCAAACCUAUUUAACAACCGGAUAUGGAUAUGUAGCCCCUAACUUUUAAUCUUUAACCGACGCGUAACAUUAAGUGAAGGGCGGAGCGUGUUCCCCCGAUCUAUCGCAGCAUUUGUGGAAAGCGAGGAGCAGAGAAUUUUAAAGUAAUUUGUGAACAAGUCGCUUCCAAACGUAGAUGAAAGUAAUUAGUUUCUUAGAUUGAUUGAUUGUGCAUUCUGCAUUUCACAUUCAGAUCGAGUAUGAACUGUUUCGGCAAAAGUGCAUAUAAUUAAACCUUUUUUGAGAGUUCUCGUGGAGCACACCUAUAUAUGUAUUGUACGUUCAAGCGAGGACACUCGGAUCGUGCGUUUUUAUACCUAGCCAUUACAAUACAAUGCAAAAUGACAGAGCGACAGAGCGUAAUGAUCAGUAUUUCGUUGUAUGUAUCUAUAUGCUUAAAGUCUUAGCCCGUUUCCUUUUCCAAUUGUAGUGACAAAGUUUCGAAGAGCCGGAGUUUACUAUAUAUAUUAUAAAAAUACACGCAAAAACACAUUUUUAAGUUAACGAUUAAAGAGAGAAACGCUAUUAAUAUAUAGAUCCUACAAAUAUUACUAUUACUUAUUGUGUAACUAGAGAAUUAAAUGGAAAAACAAUUUAUGUAUAUUUUCACUUAA